AUGGCUGAGCAGCUCGUCCUCCGCGGCACCCUCGAGGGCCACUCCGGCUGGGUCACCAGCUUGGCUACCUCGCUCGAGAACCCCAACAUGCUCCUGUCCGGCUCGCGUGACAAGACCCUCAUCAUCUGGAACUUGACCCGCGACGACACCAGCUACGGCUACCCAAAGCGCUCGCUCCACGGCCACUCCCACAUCGUGUCCGACUGCGUAAUCUCCUCUGACGGUGCCUACGCCCUCUCCGCCUCGUGGGACAAGACUCUCCGCCUGUGGGAGCUCUCCACCGGCCAGACCACCCGCCGCUUCGUCGGACACACCAACGAUGUCCUCUCCGUCUCCUUCUCUGCCGACAACCGCCAGAUCGUCUCCGGCUCCCGCGACCGCACCAUCAAGCUGUGGAACACCCUCGGUGACUGCAAGUACACCAUCACCGACAAGGGCCACACCGAGUGGGUGUCCUGCGUUCGCUUCUCGCCAAACCCACAGAACCCAGUCAUCGUCUCUGCCGGCUGGGACAAGUUCGUCAAGGUCUGGGAGCUCUCCACCUGCCGCCUGCAGACCGACCACAUCGGCCACACCGGCUACAUCAACACCGUCACCAUCUCCCCAGAUGGCUCUCUCUGCGCUUCCGGCGGCAAGGACGGAACCACCAUGCUGUGGGACCUGAACGAGUCCAAGCACCUGUACUCCCUCUCCGCCGUCCACGAGAUCCACGCUCUCGUCUUCUCGCCAAACCGCUACUGGCUGUGCGCUGCCACUUCCAAGGAGAUUGUCAUCUUCGAUCUCGAGAAGAAGAGCAAGGUUGACGAGCUCAAGCCAGAGUUCCUUGAGGGUGGUGGCAAGGCCCGCGAGCCAGAGUGCGUGUCGCUCGCCUGGUCCGCUGACGGCCAGACUCUGUUCGCCGGUUACACCGACAACAAGAUCCGCGCCUGGGGUGUCAUGUCCCGCGCCUAA